CGCCCACUUGGCCCAGCCCGCGAGAGCUCGGAGCGCGGCGAGGCGGCGGGAGUGGCGGCCCAGUUGGUUCUGCGGGGAAGUCAAGAUGACCGGCUCUAACGAGUUCAAGCUGAACCAGCCGCCCGAGGACGGCAUCUCCUCGGUCAAGUUCAGCCCCAACACCUCGCAGUUCCUGCUCGUGUCGUCCUGGGACACGUCGGUGCGGCUCUACGACGUGCCGGCCAACUCGCUGCGGCUCAAGUACCAGCACUCGGGCGCCGUCCUGGACUGCGCCUUCUACGACCCAACACAUGCCUGGAGUGGGGGAUUAGAUAAUCAAUUGAAAAUGCACGAUUUGAACACGGAUCAAGAAAACCUUGUGGGAACCCACGAUGCCCCGAUCAGAUGUGUUGAGUACUGCCCGGAGGUAAACGUGAUGGUCACUGGGAGCUGGGACCAGACCGUGAAGCUGUGGGACCCCAGGACGCCCUGUAACGCCGGCACCUUCUCUCAGCCUGAAAAGGUGUACACCCUCUCGGUGUCCGGAGACAGGCUGAUCGUGGGCACGGCGGGCCGCCGGGUGCUGGUGUGGGACCUGCGCAACAUGGGCUACGUGCAGCAGCGCCGCGAGUCCAGCCUCAAGUACCAGACGCGCUGCAUCCGGGCGUUUCCCAACAAGCAGGGUUAUGUGUUGAGCUCUAUUGAAGGCCGAGUGGCGGUUGAGUACUUGGACCCCAGCCCUGAGGUGCAGAAGAAGAAGUAUGCCUUCAAGUGUCACCGGCUGAAGGAGAAUAACAUUGAGCACAUUUACCCGGUCAAUGCCAUCUCCUUCCACAACAUCCACAACACGUUCGCCACAGGUGGUUCUGAUGGGUUUGUAAAUAUUUGGGAUCCGUUUAAUAAAAAGCGGCUGUGCCAGUUCCAUCGGUACCCCACCAGCAUCGCGUCGCUGGCCUUCAGCAAUGAUGGGACCACGCUUGCAAUAGCAUCAUCAUACAUGUAUGAGAUGGACGACACGGAGCAUCCCGAAGAUGGUAUCUUCAUUCGCCAAGUGACAGAUGCAGAAACAAAACCCAAGUCCACCUAGCCGCCUGGCACGUGGCCUCCCUCCGGUGGAAGGAAGGCCUGCUUUCCCGCCGGCGCUCUGUGGCGUGGGCUGCCCCGCGGGGAGUGCGGUGCCCUGUCGGCCGCUCGCCUGCCCUCGGGCCUGGGCCGGAGUCUCGUCCCGGCCUCUCCACAGGCCCCGGCGCUUCUUCUGAGCAGCUUGAGCUCUUGUUGUAAAGUAACCUGAACCUGCUGUGUCGCUGUCCAAUAAAGCCGAGGCAGACCCCCCCCCGUCCUGGGUGGUGG